AUGACUGGCUACAUAAUAUCAAAUUUGAAGAAAGGGCAGAGGAUAUUAUGUGUCAAAUUCAGAGUUAAGAUCCCUCCGGUUGAUGAAUUUUGCAAGAGCACGCAGUCUAUAAACAAGACAGAUAUUUUCAAUCUUCCUUUGUCCCUUGAAGAUAAUUCAACAUUGACAGGAAUAGCAUCAAUACUCGAACAGUUUGCAACCGAAUUUAAUAUUCCUUGUGAUAAACCUAAUGGAUACAUUAAAUUUGAUAAUACGGAAAAGGAUUUCGACCUUAAGGCAGCCAGAAAACGAUAUUCGUUUAUGAAAUUAGUUCAGAUGCAUCACACUGAAAUGGUGGCGUUUGAGAAAGAGUUAACAAGUGGCGAGAAAUACAUCGCUGAGGCGGAUGUACAAUAUACAGAAGUAGAUGGCGAAUCUGAUGACAGUGAUAGUGAUAUCGAUGAUGCCACAAUAAUGCUUUUUGAUAAACACAAUGAUAAUAAGUUCACCACACAUUAUUGA